ACAUAGCACUUUUCCAUGUCUCAUCUUUCGUAUUUUUUCCGCAGGCUGGGUCUGAGCUACAAUGAGAUCAGCUCUGUGGAAAAUGGCACUCUUGCUAACGUCCCCCACCUGCGAGAGCUGCACCUCGACAACAACGCUCUCACCACUGUUCCUGCUGGCCUGUCCGACCACAAGUACAUCCAGGUGGUCUACCUCCAUACCAACAAGAUUUCAGCUGUGGGAACAGGAGACUUCUGUCCUCCUGGCCUCAACCACAAGAAGGCCAUGUACUCUGGCAUCAGCCUGUUCGGCAACCCCGUUCCUUACUGGGAAGUCCAGCCCAUCACCUUCCGCUGCGUCUUCGACCGCUCCGCCAUCCAGCUCGGCAACUACAGGAAGAAGUAGAGCGUCCCGCGCACCUCGGCAAGGAAGUGUGUGUUUGUAAAUGAUUGUGUGAAAGUUUUCUAAGUAUGCAUGUUUGACUAGAGCCCCAGAACACUGACCCCCGGCAACACUGCCUCCCCAACAAAUGACAAUGCCAUUAUUCACAAAACUUUAGUGGACUUAAACGCAACAUAUCAUUUUUAUUGUAGCUUAAAGGUUGGUGCAACAGUACAAGGCUUACAGCAAACACCAGCAUACAAUGGUGAUGCUCUCACACACAGCACAUCAUUCAUAGAAACAGCUAGGCAAGCACUAACAUUGCAAAUAUGUUCUUGCAUACAUCUUAUUUUCAUUUAACGGAUACAUUGAAAUACAGAAGUGAUUUUUAACCAAAUGGGAAAUGUUUAAAAACCUACUUUAAGUCAGCUUUCUUGACCUUGAGCCAUUGUAUGAAUUUUAAGAAACCUGGCCUGUAGAGCAGGCAGCAAGGGGUUAACUUGUGUUUUAAAAUACCUUUAAUAACUGGUAUACUAGAAUGUACUAGAUAUUACCUGUGUACUAGGAAUAGCAUUCAGAGUGUAUUAUUACCUUGAAAGAACUUUGAGUUUCUAUUUGUAUUGUUCUCAAUUCAAGUAGGGAUAAAAUCAACCGUGUCUUCUAUCACAUUGUGAUUUCUUGUGCUGAUUUAGUUUUGGGUGUUUUUACAUUUUCUCUUCAUCACACCUCCUAUCUUGUUCCUCCUCCUAGUGUAUGUUGUUCCAUACAAAAAACAAGGUGAAAAUAGCUUAUAAAAAUGUAGAAUAAACCAUAUAUGUUUUAAAAAGAAGCCAUUCCCAAAGAUUUAUAUGCAUGCUCUUGUUUUUUUUCUUGCAACUUGAACCUGAUGCUUUGUGGAAUCCCUUGUUGAUGCUUGUCUGUAUCUCACGCUAGUUUCCCUGUCAUUUAUCUUUUCCUUUUUCAAGAAUAAUUGGAUGGUGUAUGUGGACCGGCAUGCCCACUGCAAAAAUGUUGGUGUGAAUGUUGUAUGUAUAGACGCUGUAUAUAAAUGCUGUAUAAAAAACCUCUCGUUUUACUUAAAAGGCACAAGCACUUACCAUAGCUCAGACUUAAUAUAUCAGCAACAACGGUGUUCCUCUUUCUUUCCGGAGCAGGGGCUCCAGCUAAGGUGUCCUGAACAAAAUAAAAAUACUAAUGGAAAAA